AAUCCCGGUCAGGAGAUUAGUCAAUCUAUGGAUAGCAGAAGGAUUGGUGAAACAAAGGGAUGACAACCAAGAAACAUUAGAAGCCACAGCAGAAACAUAUUUAGAAAACUUGAACAAAUGCAACAUGAUUCAAGCAGUGGCACUGAAGUCUAAUGGGAAUAUUAAUACAUAUCGCUUGCCAAGUAUGCUCAGAGAGAUCAUUUUGGCUGACAAAACAAGCCAUAGCCAGUACUCAGGUACACAUGUAGAGCGGCGAUUUGCCUACCGCUUUGAUGAUCGUGGUCUUGAUGCAAAUGCAGCAAAUGUAUUCAGCAAGAAAAAAAUUCCCCUAUCUGUUUUCUUCUUUGACAAACGUGAGGGAUGUAAGCCAGGAGAACACAUAGGGAGGAUCCUCUCAACAGGCAUCGCAAAUGAGCAAUUCAUGGAAAUCAGUGUUCUUGAUCUAGAACGCAUAUUCAGACCACAGUUGCCAGAUACUCUAGGUAUGUUGAUUCAUCUCAAGUAUCUUGGAUUAAGAUGGACUUACUUGGAGGAGUUCCCAACAUUCAUACGCAAACUAGAGAACCUGGAAACACUUGAUGUAAAGCAUACAUGCAUCCGUGUAUUCCCCAGCUUCAUCUGGAAAUUGAAGAAAUUGAAGAACUUAUAUCUGAACCAAGACUAUCGCAGUAGACUUGAGGGUAGGCCAAGUGGAAACUUUCAGCAUAAUCUUUACAGAUUAUGGGGUGUGUUCAUAUAUGGGAGGUGCCCUCUUCUUUUUGACUUUCAAAGGCUGAAGAAUCUUGGGAAAUUGAAAUUGGCCUUCCAGUUAAAAGCAGAAAAACAAGAUACACUAGCCAAGAAGAUUGUGCAGCUGAACCAGCUUGAGUCGCUCAGACUUAGAUCAGUAAAUGAAAUGGGUGAACCUGAAAAGCUAAUAUUGAGAGAUAUAUCAAAGCUGGAGAAGCUCGCAUCCCUGCAAUUGUAUGGGAAAUUAGAAAAUGGGCUUCGCAUGAAUCACCUCCCACAAAAUCUUAUUAAUCUCACAUUGUCAGCUUCAAAGCUGCAAGAUGGUCAGGAUCCUAUGCAACUAUUGCAGAGCCUGGAGAAGCUUGAGUCUUUGUGUUUCUAUGCUGACUCUUAUCAUGGAAAAAGCAUGCUUUGUAACCCAGGUAGCUUUCCAAAACUUCUAGUGCUAAGAUUUUGGAAUUUAAGGAAUCUGGAGGAAUGGAAUGUGAAAGAAGGAGCAAUGCCUAGCCUCAGGGAAUUUGAAGCACGGUCAUGUGAAAAAUUAGCAGUUCCCAAAGGAUUGAAGUACUUGGGGAAUAUUCAAUUGAUCAAGUUACAUAAAAUGUCAAACGCAUUCAUGAGAGAAAUUUUGAGUAGUUAUAAGAAGAAGAUAUUAUCACCAGACGUUCGUAUCUCACCCUUCAAGUAAAACAGGCUUCCUCUUGCUCUUCAUUAUUCGGAUUUGUAUCUGUCCAAAAAGCAGGCAAGAAGAGACUACUGUUUUGGUGAAUCAGUAUUUUCAGUUCUCCAUGUUUCACCUCCUUCCCAGGCUUUGUUAGCUUUAAGAAUAAGUGGAGGUUUCUUCAGUCAUUAAGGCUUUCAAUGUACUUCUCAAACUGCUGCACCAUUAUUUCUGUUUAAUUUGGUUGUUAUUUUUGAGAUGUUGAUCUACAUGACUAAAAGGUCAUGGAAUAAUAUCUAUAUUAUUGCAUAGUUGCAUUGCUAUGUUGGAAGAGUUAAGGCAAUUUCUUCGUUUACAAGUUUGUAUUAUCUUAUUGAUGAAAUUACUAGAGGAUUUAGAAAUAUCAUGGAUUGCAUUGUUAUCCACGAGUUAUUAAAAAAUACUAAUGAUAAUAUCAGCAACUUAUAUCUUAAUGAUAAAUUUUUUGAAUGUUUAAAAUGUGAACGGAAGAGAAGGUAAGGGUAGGGAAUGAAGCAAAAGUUACCAAAACCAAAUUCUCUAUUUUACCUAGAUAAACCUUGCUGUUCUUUCAAGGAGAUAAAGUAAUUUCUAUCAACUCCACCGGGAUAGGAAGCCAAUGUAUCAAUGUAUUUAUGUAUUGAACAUACGAAAGAAUGUAACUUUUAAGAUGAUUCAAAUAAAUUAUUUACUAUUUGAAAAGGUAUAUAAUGGGAAAUGGAAGAAGUUUGGUGCACGACCUUUUCUUCUUUGAAAACAUACUUCAACAUAUAUAAUCCAUAAAUAACUAUAUUUUCCUAUUUCCAAGACUUAUUCUGGACCUCUUAGUUAAAGUAUAAGGUACUUCCAUUUUGACUAAUUUUACAUUUAUUAUUAUUACACAUAUACCCUGGCCAGUAGACAGUCAAGGCCAACUGCCAACCGACUGUCGACCAAGCCCCAACUGAUACCACUGACCACCAUCCAACCCUGGCCGACUGUCGGCCAACCUCAAGCGGCCAGUGUCACAUCAACAGCGGCGGAGGAUUAUGUAAAUAAUUGAAAAGUAAAUGAUAAAAAUGUAAAAUCGUACUCUUAAAAUCAAUUCAGUUCUAAGUAAUUUAUUAUCCAAACAUAAACUUGAUUUGUAUUCUCAAUUUAUGUCAUUUAUCCCAAACACAAUAUUUAAUUAACAUUCAAUUCAAUUCUAAAUAUUUUUUUCCAAACACACCCAGAGAGAAUCAUCAAAAUACCUCCUUAUUCCAGUUUCUCAUUAACACAAUAACUGCACACUGUACCCAGAAACAACCUUCAUCUUUUGGCAAGCCUCAACAGUAACAACCCAAAACCAAGAGAUGGAGGGGAGAUGACUAAUUACACACUACUAGGCACAUUCAGCCUUUCUUCUUCCUUCACUUUCCGGCACUUUAAAGAUGACAAAGAUUGCUACAACAAGGAUGGAGGAGUGGUGUGACACAGUCAAUAAGGAAAACAGCUACAACAAAGAUGGCAUGACAACAGAGAAGUUGAUGUGGCAACCUUGUAGGGUUCUUCAAGGGCAGCCACAAAUUCUUCUCUUUUCUGUUGGCCACUUGUUAAAAGGAUAUGACAACAACAAAGCCAUAUCCCAUCAGAUGGAACUGACUAUAUGAAUUAUAAGGGUUUUCAUGUCUUCUGGUAACAUAUAUAUAGAUUUGAACCGUUAAAAUGAAUCUGAAUCUCCUUUGGUCUCAUCAGUAGUUAUUGACCAGAAAAUAUGUGACUGACAAAACAGGAGGAGUGUAAGAAAGGAUAAGAUAGAAUCCGGAGGAAAGGAGACAAAGAUGAUUGAUUUUAUGUAGUUUAACAUUUAAGCUUCCAACCACCUUUUCCAAUUUAGGGAUCACAAUCUAUAAGCAUCUAUAGUAUUUCAUAGGCAACUCUAAUCAUUGUUGCAUCAUUAUGUCACCUAUGCUAUCAAUCUGCAUAUAUUUUGAUUCUUUCUUUCCCUUUUCCCAUCACUUAAUUAGGCAGCAUUUU